AUGGCCUCUUUCUACAUACCCAUGGCCCUUUCAUACGCCUCCAACCUUGCCCAUGUCCCUCCGGUGCAUGGUUUGUACAGCUUCGCCAUCAACCCACUGAUCUACGGCAUACUGGGCACAUGCCCUCAGAUGGUGGUCGGCCCAGAGGCGCCAGGCUCGCUCUUGACGGGUGAGGUUGUGCGGGAAAAUAUCAAGAAGAAGUUCACAGGGGACGACGAUGGAAGACGAAAUGCUGAGAUUGCGGGUAUCGUCACAUCAUUAGCGGGCGCGUUUAUUUUGACAGCGGGUGUAUUCCGACUUGGCUUUCUCGAUAACAUCCUCAGCAGACCGUUUCUGAGAGGAUUCAUCAGCGCCAUCGGCAUAGUCAUUUUCAUAGACCAGCUGAUACCCGAGAUGGGACUGGCUAGGCUUGCAGCCGAUGAGGUGUCGCAUGGAAGUACAGUAGACAAACUCGUCUUUUUGAUCAGGAACGUCGGGAACGCUCAUGGACCCACCGCGGCACUGUCCUUUACUGCGUUUGGUGUCAUCAUGUUCUUCAGAGAGUUAAAGAAACGACUACAAUCGCGUUACGCAUCUGUGGCUUAUAUCCCGGACCGCUUCGUCGUGGUUGUUCUAUCAGCCAUCAUAGUCUGGAAGUUUCGCCUGGACCUCAAGGGCGUCAGUAUCCUCGGAGACGUCAAAUCAAGCGGAAGCGUCUUCUCCGUGCAUUUCCCAUUCGAGACCUCCCAUCUGAAGUAUGCUUCGGAUGCCAUCAACACCUCGCUUAUUAUCGCUCUCCUCGGCUUCUUCGAAUCUUCCGUGGCGGCCAAAUCACUGGGUAGCGGCGAACGCAACAAAGACGGUGUCUCCAUGCCCCUCUCCGCAAACCGCGAGCUCAUCGCCCUCGGCACAGCGAACAUCACUGGUGGCCUCUUCAUGGCUCUUCCAGCCUUUGGUGGUUAUGGACGGUCGAAAGUCAAUGCCUCGACUGGUGGACUGACACCAAUGAGCUCCAUUUUUCUAUCAUUGAUUACCAUCCUCGCCACCUUCUUCCUCCUCCCAACCUUCUACUACCUCCCCAAAGGCGUCCUCUGCGCCAUGGUUUCCGUAGUCGCCUACUCCCUUGUCGAGGAAGCGCCGCACGACAUCAAAUUCUUCGUCCGCGUACGUGGAUACUCGGAGCUCAUCCUUAUGGGUCUCAUCUUCGUCGUCACCAUUUUCUGGGACCUCAAGCGCGGCAUCGGCGUAGGGAUCGGCCUCUCCAUCCUACGCCUCGUCCGCCACUCAACGCGUCCGCGCAUCCAGAUUCUCGGCCGCGUGCCAGGAACCACGGACAGGUUCGCCAAUGCGGAGAUCGACCCCGAAAGCUUGGAGUUCAUCGAAGGCUGCCUCAUCGUUAAGAUCCCUGAGCCGCUCACGUUCUUCAACACGGGUAACCUUAAAAACCGCCUCAAACGUCUCGAAGAUCACGGCACGGCAUCUGCUCACCCUGCGCUACCCCGAGUGCGCCGCGAAGAACACAACAAGAACGUCAUCUUCGACGUUCACGGCGUUACUUCUCUCGACGCAGCAGCAGCCCAAAUCUUAGUGGAGAUUGUGGAGUCGUACCGAAAGCGAGAGGUGAAGGUGUUCUUCUGCAGGGUUCCGCACGAGAGGUCUGCGGUGUGGGAGCUGUUUGAGUCGACGGGCAUCGUGGAGCUAUGCGGUGGAAAAAGACACUUCGUUAGUAGUGUAGCGCAGGCGUUGAGGAUGACGGAGUUGGAACGGUUGACUGAGGAGUAUGGGAGUGAGGCGAGCAGCUCGAGGGCAGGCACAGAUACCGGGAGAAGGGCGACAAUUUGGUAG